AUGAGGUUACCAGGAACCAGGCUUGGGGCCUUCCGAGCAUAUUUCUUCGGAUUUUUCAUAUGUACGGCCGGUUUCUUGUUUGGAUAUGAUACUGGAAUUGUUGGCGGUAUCCUCGAGUUUACAUCUUACAUCGAAGAUUUUGGCUACAAAGACCAGACGACCGUUAGCGCUGUGAUGGUUAGCUUGCAAAAUGUUGGCGCAUUUUUAUCAGCCUUGAGCAUCUUUUGGGUGUCCGAAUUGUUCGGACGAAAGAAGACGGUCCAGGCUUCCAUGACAGUUUUCUGCGUCGGUGUGAUCCUACAAGUGGUACCGUCACACUCCCUCGUGUGUUUCUACAUCGGACGGUUUGUUGCGGGUCUGGGUCUGGGUGCGGGUACAGCGGUUGUCCCAGCAUACAAUGCCGAGAUGGCACCUAAGGAAAUUCGAGGCAAGCUCGGGUCGGGCAUGCAAUGGCUGUUCGCCUUGGGUGUUAUGUUGAGUUAUUGGAUUGACUAUGCGGUGAACGUUACACUACCUGUAUCUUCAAAGCAGUGGCAGAUUCCUGUUGGUCUCCAGAUGGUGCCGGCCGGUGUUCUGGCACUGGGCCUCUAUGGUAUGCCUGAGAGUGUACGCUGGUUGGCCAAGAAAGGACGUUUUGAUGAGGCCUGGAAAAGCUUAACAUGGAUGCGAGCGAGCGAGGGCACCGAUGUCAAGGCAGAGUUUGAGGAGAUCCGGGUUGGACUCGAGAAAGAGUUACAAGCCACAGAGGGCUUCAGGAAGCGUGAGUUACUUGAGCCGGCGAACCGUUACAGAUUGCUUCUCGCCUUUUUCAUGUUCUGCGCUCAACAAUGUACUGGCAUGACCGCGCUUGCCUACUUCGGUCCGCAGUUCUUUAAAUUGCUUGUCGGCAACAACACCGACCAGUCUCUUCUCAUCACUGGUCUCUUUGGCGCUGAGAAAUUCAUGACUGUCGGAGCCUACAUCCUCUUCGUCUCGGAGAUGUGGGGGCGCAAGCCGACCCUUUGGAUUUCGGCUCUUUUGAUGGCUGGGUGUUUCAUAAUUGUAACAAUCGUCAGUAAGACCACCCCAGAGCCCGAUGCAAGAGCCACUCCGGCUGGUAUAGGCAUGGUGGCCAUGAUCUUCCUCACCAAUUCGAUCUACCAAUUCAGUUGGGGCCCAUUGCCGUGGCCAUAUACCGCAGAGAUCUUUCCAACGAGAAUACGGGGGAUUGGUACCUCGGUCGCAGUGUCAACACAAUGGCUUUUCAACUUCCUGUUCUCACUGGUGACGCGCUAUAUGAUGAACUCGUGGGGUAGUUACGUGUUCCUCUUCUAUGCAAUCCUCGAUAUCAUCAUUGCCCUCAUUGUCUUCUUAUUUGUCAAAGAGACCAAAGGAAAGAGUCUGGAGGAGAUGGAAACCAUCUUCAACAGCAAAGCUGCAUUCGAUGUUGAUGCUGUACGACGGGAGGCGAUGCAGGAUGCGAAUGAAGUGAAUGUGCACAACAAAUCCGCCGACGAUCCUUGA